AUGGCGCUUGACUUAACAACGUAUCUCGGAGUGACUGUUUGCUGUCUCACCGUCCUAUGGCUCUCCUUCUCUCGCGUUUCAAAGCAGAGGCUGGGUAGACAUCUUCCGCCCGGACCAAAGGGGCUCCCUCUGGUAGGGAAUGCUCUACAGAUGCCAUUGGAGUAUCAACAGUAUGCAUUUGCUGCAUGGGGCGACAAAUAUGGGGACAUCGUAUAUGCACGUGUCUUACAGAAGCACAUCGUCAUCUUGAACUCGGUGCGCGCUGCACGAGAUCUUUUGGAGAAGCGUGGCGCAACGUAUUCAGAUAGACCGCGCUUUGUGCUGCUCAAUGAAUUGAUCGGGUCUCUCAAACCCAACAUGGCUCUGCUCUCCGUUGGAGACGAAUGGCGGAAACAUCGAAAGUGGUUCCAGACGACGCUCUCCUCCAGAGUCUCUCUCGACAGCUAUCGUCCCAUGCAGCGGCGAGAAGUAAUCAUACUGCUAUCAAACCUACUUCAGACGCCUCAAGACUUCGCCUCACACAUCAAGCGGUACGCAGCCGGAGUGCUCAUGGAAGUAAGCUACGGCCAUACCGUCACAUCUGGGGACGAUGACUUUGUCCGCAUGGCAGACGAAGUUGGGGCUGAGAUUCUUGAAAUUGGCGAGGCUGGCUCUACCCUGGUGGACCUCUUUCCCGUUUUCAAGUACGUACCAACGUGGUUACCGGGCCCGGGGAGCUUCAAGCGCAGAGCGCUCGAGCUCAAACGGUUCACGUUCGAAACAAUGAGUCUUCCGUAUGAGAACGUUAAAGCCAAGAUGGCUUCCGGAUCCGCUAAGCCUUCGUAUGUAAGCAACCUUUUGCAGGAGACCUCACAGACUGCUGGUGGGAUCGAGAAUGAGGUUCGAAUCAGAGCAGGUGCUGCUGUCUUAUAUCAAGCCGGGAUUGAUACGACUGCUACUCUCCUGAUAUCGUUUGUCCUUGCCAUGGUACUGUACCCCGAUGUUUACCGAAAGGCUCAGGCGGAGAUGGACGCUGUGGUAGGACAAGCACGACUUCCGACCCCGGACGAUCGACCGAUGUUACCGUAUCUAGAAUGCGUUUUGAAGGAGGCCCUCCGAUGGUGCUGUCCCGCCCCGCUUGGCGUACCCCACUACGUCUCUCAAGAUGAUCAAUACCGCGACUACUACAUCCCGGGAGGGACCAUGAUAAUUUCUAAUAUCUGGGCUAUGACGCGAGAUGCAGACAUGUACCCGGACCCAGAAGUCUUCAACCCUGAUCGAUUCCUCAAGACCACCGGUGACACGGAAAAUGUACUUGACCCGCGUAUAAUUGUGUUCGGGUUCGGAAGAAGGGUCUGUCCUGGCCGGUUGCUGGCCGAUUCGAACGCAUGGCUAGUAGCGGCCAAUCUGUUAGCAACCAUGGACAUCGGACGGAACUGUGAUUCGUCGGGACAGGAAAUCAUUCCGGUACCAAAGUUUUCCUCGGGGACCGUUAGGCACCCGCGUCCAUUCCCUUGCAAGAUUCGUCCGCGUUCAGACAAAGUCGUGCAGACUAUUGUCGAUGCAAACGCUGAACUGGAAGCUUAA